CAAAUCUGUUGAUCCAUGUGUAAGAGAAAAGUAUAUGAAAGAGAGAGUGCAUAGAAUACGAGGCAUCACUAAUUCUACAAACUCUGUUGAGUCUUCUAAUGCACCAAUCAAAGAAGAAAUGAUAUAUGAUAAUUCAAUAGAAGUGGAUAAAAGUUACAAUGAUGAUAGUAAUAAAGAUAUUAAUUUUCUUCCCAAAAAGCCAAGAAAGUUCAAAGAAAAUAUGAAAUUAAGUGGUUAUGGUGAUGAAAAGGUGGGAGCAGGGUCCGAGCCAUUUCUAGGAGAAUUACUUAAGCCAUUGAAAAGGAAUGUGAACCUACAAGCAGAUUUAUUAGAAUUAUUGGUAAAAUAUUACCAUAAUUUAUAUGAUCAUUUAAUUUACCCUCUUUUAGAAAUUCAUGUUGCUCUUCAAGGGUCGAUUCCUGUUUCAUCAAAGAUCGAUCAAUUCA